ACGAUCUAUUUAGUUUUCUUUGAUACAAUUGACGAAGAUGAACUACAAAUUAUCAAGGGAAGAACCAUACAUUCUUUAAUUAUCUCUUACUAAUGGUUUCUGUCUUCUUCUAGCGUAUGAUAUCUUGUAUGAAGUUCCAAAUAUGGAACAAAAUCAUGGAAAAUUCAAGACAACAAAGAUAUAGUUGAAGUCUUAGGAAGUUUCUUUGGUUUUAGUCCAUAUCUAUGGAGAUUUAUUCGAUAGAAUUUAUGUAUAAUUAUUAAACUUAGAUAUUUUUUUUUGAAUCAAACGAUAUUUUCAAAAGAUGUCGCAUAAAAUCACUAACAUAGUAACCAUUUUUAUUUGUAACGAAUCAGUCGUAAAGAUGAUGUCACUCAAAAACAUCAAAGCAAAGCAAACCGUCACCAAAAACUUGCACCACUUUCCGUCGUACAUCGUCAUGAAUAUUUUCAUCAUUUUUUUCUAACUUCCUUCCAUUCUCGAUUAUUCUAGAACAUUCUAGAUAAUACCAGAAAAUCUCGUGUAACAUUAUAAAAGACGUACGUGAGACCAUUUUUCUUCAUCUCAACAAUUAUUCAAACUUAGUUAAAUUUUUAUUAGACAAAAAUGGCUACAGCUAUUGGUAUUGAUUUAGGUACAACCUAUUCAUGUGUUGGUAUUUUUCAACAUGGAAAAGUAGAAAUUAUUGCAAACGAUCAAGGAAAUCGAACAACACCAUCAUAUGUUGCAUUUACUGAUAGUGAACGAUUAAUUGGUGAUGCUGCUAAAAAUCAAGGAGCAAUUAAUCCAAAUAAUACAAUAUUUGAUGCAAAACGACUUAUUGGUCGUAAAUUUGAUGAUGCCACUGUACAAUCCGAUAUGAAACAUUGGCCAUUUAAAGUUAUUAACGAUAAUAGUAAACCAAGAAUUCAAGUUGAAUAUAAAAAUGAAACAAAAUCAUUUACACCUGAGGAAAUCUCAUCAAUGGUAUUAAUAAAAAUGAAAGAAACAGCUGAAGCUUAUCUUGGUAAAAAAAUUUCAAAAGCUGUUGUUACCGUUCCAGCUUAUUUUAAUGAUGCUCAAAGAAAAGCAACAAAAGAUGCUGGUAUGAUUGCUGGUCUUGAUGUUCUACGUAUUAUUAAUGAACCAACAGCAGCAGCCAUUGCUUAUGGUUUAGAUAAACAAAUUCAAACAGAGAAAAAUGUUCUUAUAUUUGAUUUGGGUGGUGGUACAUUUGAUGUGUCCGUAUUAGUUAUUGAUCAAGGUAUAUUUGAGGUUAAAUCAACAGCUGGUGAUACACAUUUAGGUGGUGAAGAUUUUGAUAAUCGAAUGGUUACACAUUUUGUUGAAGAAUUUAAACGAAAAGCUGGUAAAGAUAUAUCAAAAAAUAAUCGUGCACUUCGUCGAUUACGUACUGCAUGUGAACGAGCAAAACGUACAUUAUCAACACAAUCACAAGCAUCAAUUGAAAUUGAUUCUCUUCAUGAAGGUGUUGAUUUUAAUUCAUCAAUCACACGUGCUCGAUUUGAAGAAUUAUGUAGUGAUCUUUUUCGUUCAACCCUUGAACCAGUUGAAAAAGCUUUACGUGACGCUAAAAUGGAUAAAUCAAGUAUUCAUGAAAUUGUACUUGUUGGUGGUUCAAUUCGUAUUCCAAAAAUACAAAAAUUACUUCAAGAUUUCUUCAAUGGAAAAGAAUUAAAUCGAUCAAUUAAUCCUGAUGAAGCUGUUGCUUAUGGUGCUGCUGUUCAAGCAGCUAUUUUAACCGGUGAUAAAUCCGAUGAAGUUAAAGAUGUACUUUUACUUGAUGUUGCACCGCUUUCAUUGGGUAUUGAAACAGCUGGUGGUGUCAUGACAGCUUUAAUUAAACGUAAUACAACUGUACCAACAAAACAAACACAAACAUUUACAACCUAUUCGGAUAAUCAACCCGGUGUUGAUAUUAAAGUCUAUGAAGGUGAACGUUCAAUGACACGAGAUAAUCAUUUAUUAGGUAAUUUUGAACUUUCUGGUAUUCCACCCGCUCCACGUGGUGUACCACAAAUUGAAGUUACAUUUGAUGUUGAUGCUAAUGGUAUCUUAAAUGUAUCUGCUAUUGAGAAAUCAAGUGGACGAGAAAAGAAAAUAACAAUUAGUAAUAAAGAACGAUUAUCAAAUACUGAUAUCGAAAAAAUGAUUGCUGAUGCUGAAAAAUUUAAACAAGAAGAUGAAAAACAACGUGAACGUAUAACAGCAAGAAAUUCACUUGAAUCCUAUUGUUUUAAUAUCAAAACAAGUGUUAAUGAUGAACAAAUUUCAUCAAAAUUAUCAGCUGAUGAUAAAACAAAAUUAAAUGACAUAACUCAAUCAGCAAUUCAAUGGAUGGAUUCAAAUCAAUUAGCUGAAAAAGAUGAAUACGAACAUAAACUUAAAGAAGUCGAACAAGUUUGUUCACCAAUCAUGACUAAACUUCAUUCAGGUCAGAGUGGUGGUAUGCCAAAUGGUAAUACUCAGUCAAACUCAAAUAGUAAAGGACCAACUAUCGAAGAAGUUGAUUAA